AUGCGUACAUUUCCUAUUCUUUUCCCCUUUUCCCCUCCUUUUCCGUUAUUGCCACAAGGUACCAGGUUUAAUCUCAAGUUUACCCAUUUUAACUCUCUUCUACAAUCAUUUAUGAACGCUAAACAGUGGCUGGCGAAGCUCGUGGCGUUCGACACGACGAGCCACAACUCCAACCUCGACCUCAUCCACUACUGCAAGGAGUACCUGGAGGCACUCGGUGUGAAGUGCACGCUGGUGCACAACGCGGAGAAGACAAAGGCGAAUCUGUGGGCAACGCUGCCGGGCGACGGCGGUGUGACGGACGGCGGCAUCAUUCUCUCCGGCCACACCGACGUGGUGCCGGUGGACGGGCAGAAGUGGGACAGUGACCCGUUCACGCUGACGGAGAAGGAUGGCCGGCUGUACGGGCGGGGCACAUGUGAUAUGAAGGGAUUUAUUGCUGUAUGUAUGUCCCUCACUCCGGAAUUACUCAAGAUGAAGCGUGCUAAACCGAUUCAUUUUGCAUGGACCUAUGAUGA